AUGGUGCCCAUCGGGGCGUUGGGGCUGCUCUUGUGCGUGCAGCUGUGCCGGGCUGAGCUCCAAGGCACGGGGGCAGCCGUGGGGGCACACACCACCCCCCAGCCCUCGCCCAGCCUCGGCACCCUCCUCACCGCAGGCACCGAGGAGCUGCGGCUGGUGGGCGGCGGCGGGCGCUGCGCCGGGAGGGUGGAGGUCAAGCACGACGGCGAGUGGGGCUCUGUCUGCAACUACGAAUAUGUUCCUCAUGGCUACUGGGGCGCCGUGGUGUGCCGGCAGCUGGGCUGUGGUGCGGUGGUCAAGGCGUCCCCCUACGCCCCAUUCGGGCAGGGCACCGGCCGGAUUUGGCUCCAGCCCUGGUGCUGGGGCGGUGAAGAGAAGCUGGAGGACUGUUACCAUUAUGGCUGGGGACAGCACUAUUGCGGCCAUGAGUGGGACAUCGGGGUGACCUGUGCAGAGGCGGUGGAGCUGCGGCUGGUGGGCGGCGGAGGUCCCUGCGCCGGGAGGGUGGAGGUGAAGCUGCGGGGCCAAUGGGGAUCGGUGGCGGACCACAACUGGGACAUCAAAGAUGCCAAGGUGGUGUGCCAGCAGCUGGGCUGUGGAUCUGUCACCGGUGCCUAUGUCGGCAGCACACACUUCGGCGAAGGGUCCGGUCCCGUCAGCCUGGCUGUUGUCAACUGCCGUGGGAACGAAACAGCCAUCUGGGAAUGCGACAUCCAUGGCUGGGGACCCUACAGACUCUUUCACGAAUACGACGUUGCCGUCACCUGCCAAACGGGGUUUGCCCGGCUGGUCGGCGGCGACAGCGCCUGUGCCGGGCGGCUGGAGGUGCGGCAGGGCCGAACGUGGAGCAGCGUCUGCGAGGACCACGUGGACAUCAAGGCGGCCCAGGUGGUCUGCCGGGAGCUGGGCUGCGGCGCGGUGCUGGCCGUCCCCGGCACCGGCCGCUUUCAGGAGGGAACGGGGUCGCUCUGGCAGGAGGGGUUUGAGUGCACGGGCACCGAGCCCUUCCUCGCCGCCUGUGCCCGGCGGCCGCUCCACGCACAGGGCUGCAGCGGCCACGCCAGCAUCAUCUGCUCCCCCUACACGCGUUUCCGUCUGGCGAACAGCAGCUCGGGCUGCUCCGGGCGGGUGGAGGUGGAGGUGGGGGGCACGUGGGGGUCCGUCUGCGCCACCGGCUGGGACCUGCCCGACACCCACGUCCUCUGCCACCACCUCGGCUGCGGCACCGCCGCCGCCACCGCCGUGCCCCAGGGAGGCUCCCUCGGCAGCGGGGACGGGCCGCUGUGGCAGGACACCUUCCGCUGCAGCGGGACCGAGCGGCACCCAGGCGAGUGCCCCAGCACGGUGCUGGGGGAGCCCCCCUGCCCCGCCGGCCUCGCCGCCACCAUCAACUGCUCAGGCACUGUGGAGCCCCUGCGGCUGGUGGAGGGGGAGAGCCGGUGCGACGGGCGGCUGGAGGUCUCCGCCAGCCCCGGGGCCUGGGCCCGCAUGCCGGCGGGGCUCUGGGAUGCCCGCGGUGCCAGCGUGGUGUGCCGGCAGCUGGGCUGCGGCGCGCCGGAGAAGGUCUACGCCGUGGCGGGCUCGGGCGCGGCAGGGCCGCAAGGGCUGCGCUGUGCCGGCACCGAGGACAACCUGGCCCAGUGCAACGUCUCGCGCACGGCCGCCACGCCGACCGGCAGCCGCGACGAGGUGGUCGUCGUCUGCUCAGGCAGCCGGCGCGUGAGGCUGGUGGGCGGCCCCGGGCGCUGCGCCGGGCGGGUGGAGGUCUACGCCAACGGCACCUGGGCCACCGUCUGCCAGGAGAGCUGGGACCUGGCGGACGCCACCGUCGUCUGCCGCCAGCUGGGCUGCGGAACCGCGCUGGAGGCACCCGCAUCGCCUCCCGUCGGUCCCGGCACGGGGCCGCUGUGGCCGCACGCCGCUGCCUGCGCCGGCAACGAGGCGUCUCUCUGGGAUUGCCCGGCCUCGGCACAGCACGGCUGCCAGCGCGGUGGCGGGGCGGGAGCCGUCUGCUCAGAGCACCUCUCCCUGCGCCUGGUGGGCGGCGGCAGCCCCUGCAGCGGGCACCUGGAGGUGUUCUACAACAACACCUGGGGCCGCGUCUGCGCCAAAGGCACCACCUCCGCUACUGCGGCCGCUGUGUGCCGGCAGCUGGGCUGCGGGGAGACGGGGACUCUGGAGGACACCCCCGCCCUUGCCCUUGCCUGGCUGGCCUGGGUGGGCUGCAAGGAGGGGGCCGCAUCGCUCUGGCGCUGCCCCUCGGCACCCUGGCACCUGCAGAAUUGCAGCGACGGCAGGGGCGCCCGCAUCACUUGUGACAAGGACACGGACAGCACAAGCGGGACGCCCACCCCGGCCCCGGGGAGCCGCUGCCCCGACGGUGCCACUUGCACAGCUCUCCCCAGCACCAGCAGCCCGGCGGCAGCGGUGGGGACCGUGCCGGUGUCCACGGUGCUGUGUGCGCUCCUGGGGACGCUGCUGUGCCUGGCCCUGGGCGCCCUGGCCGUGCAGGCGUACCGUGCCCGUGCUGGGCGCCGAGGUGAAGCCGCGGACGCUCUCUCCGAUGCCGUCUACGAGGAGCUGGACUACACCGUGCUGCCGGACUACCAGGAGGUGCCCAGUCGCUCAGGCUCCCUCUCGGAGGGCUCGGGGAAGAAGCUGCCGUAUUACACCGGGGACAGCACGGAGGAGAGAGACCCCGCGGCAGCCCCAGACUCCCCUGCCCAGCACAGACCCCACGACGGCUAUGAUGAUGCCGCGGACGUGCCGCAAGAGCCCCCCGCUCCCGGCGCUGGGGACGUCUCCGAGGGGGGAGCACAGAGCAGCUGGGGCCGUCUCCCACCCACAGGUGGGAGCUGCCUCCCCACAAGUCCCCCACGAGACACAAGGGAGCCCCCGGCACAGCCACCGGGGGACACAGACUACGACGACGUUGCCAUCGGCACCCCGGGGACGUCGCUGUGAGGAUGCCCGCCCCACCCCGCAGGAGUCCCUGGGGACACGCGUGCAGGGUGCUGGGGCUCCGUCCCCAACGAGGGAUGGCCCUGGACACAGGGGGCACCUCUCCCUGACCGGCACCGCAGCCCAGCAGCAAAACAGACGCCGGCUCCCUCCCACGAGCAUCCAGCAGGGACUGCUGCUUUUUUUAGUUCACUCUGAAUUUCUGUGUUUGUCUAUAAAACCCCAAACUGGCUGCAGGCUCACUUGCAGGGCUGGCACCUCGCUCCCGGGUACAUGAGCCACCCCGCGGGGCGGGACCCUCACCCACAGACACAUUUGGUGGCCACGGCGGGGACGGGGGGAGCACGGGGAAGGGCACAGGGGGAUUCCUGGCACUGGCCCCAGGGCCUUCAUUUGCCACCGGCCAACAGCCACACAACUGUUCCCGGCGACACGCGUGGGGCACUGGGAGCGGGAAGGGCCGGCCCGGCUCUGCCCCGACCCCCAGCACAUGCAGGCAGGACCUCCUCCCCUCUCCCCCCAC